UCCGGGAACCAAAAUAAAAAAGUUCGUAUCGUCACUAAAUAUUCUCAUCACGUUCUUCCAUGUUAUUUUGAUUAAAUAAUGUUGAAAUGGCCGGCAAUCCUUUUGUUGAGGAAAUCGAUGCAAAUGAAAUAAAGUUCGAGGGGAUUGUCGGAAAAGGUUCGUUUGGUACCGUAGUCAAAGGAAAAUGGCGAAAUAUAGAUGUUGCUGUCAAACUCAUCCAAACAGACCAAGAAAAGAAAGCAUUUAUUGUUGAAGUGAAGCAGUUAUCUAGAGUGGAUCAUUGUAAUAUUGUUAAGCUACAUGGAGCUUGUACAAAGGGACCAGAAGUAUUUUUGGUUAUGGAGUACGCAGAAGGUGGAUCAUUAUAUAAUGUCUUGCAUUGUAUGAAGCAAGUUGAGUACACUGCUGCUCAUGCCAUUAGUUGGCUUCUUCAGACAGCAAGUGGAGUUGCCUAUCUCCACAAUAUGAAACCGAGGCCUUUAAUACACAGAGACCUAAAGCCUCCAAAUUUGCUUCUGAUUAACGGAGGUACUGUUUUAAAAAUCUGUGAUUUUGGUACAGCUUGUGAUAUGCAGACAAACAUGACAAACAGUAAGGGAAGUGCUGCCUGGAUGGCUCCUGAAGUGUUUGAAGGAUCUCAGUAUAGUGAGAAAUGUGAUGUCUUCAGCUGGGCUAUCAUUUUAUGGGAAGUUUUAUCCCGAAAAAAGCCUUUCCAUGAUGGUGAAGGUGCUACAGCUUUUCGUAUCAUGUGGGCUGUACAUAACGGUAAACGACCUCCUUUAAUACAAGGAUGUCCAAAACCCCUAGAAGACCUUAUGGUUAGGUGCUGGGAUAUGUGUCCAUCAGUUCGUCCAUCAAUGACUGAAGCAGAAAAUGAAAUUGGUAAAAUCUUCCAACUGCUGAAAGGAGCUGAUCAGCCAAUAACAUUCCUGCCUCAGGAAUCGAAUGUAACUAUGGAGACAUCUUCAUCUAUUAUGACUGGUGCCCAUAGGAAUGGCACUGGCAGCUCAGGUUCUAAGACUGUCCUACCUGAAAAAGCUGAAAUGCUGACUACCUCAAAUAUUGUAAAUACUUCAGAUACUAAUUUUUUGAAUGUUGAAGAUGCAGGAGAAAAAUAUGUAAAAGACAUUAAAAAGAGGCGUUCAGCUGAUUUCAGUAAUACAGAUGUGAAACUUCCUUCAAAUUUAGGUCACAGACGUACUGGGUCUUGUGAUUCACCUUGCGUGAAAGCAGCUGAACCUAGGCCUGUUACAAAUGUAGGUGAAAUUUUGAAUGAAGUGCCAAGUACUAGUGAAAGAAGAAGAGAUAGUUAUGUUAUGAAUGAAAGAAUGAAUGAAGUGCCACAUGGCGGACAAUAUUUCCUUAUUCUGGAGCCAAGGUUGCAGCCAUUACAACCUAUACAAAACUGCCAAGAAUCCAAAGAAAUAUAUGACAAGCAUUUAGCACUUGCUAGGGAGCUCAUUUGCUAUCGAAGCGAAAUAGCUUUGUUGACAGAAAGGAGGGAUGAGUUGAAGUCUCAGUUACAAGACAGAGACAAUUCUUCCACUUAUAUUGAAGAAUAUGUUCACUUGAAGAAGGAAAAAGAAGGUUUGCUAGAGCUCCGACAGAACUUGAAGCGGCAGCUGGAGAUCAUAAGAAGCAAACAGCAAGGAAAAGAUAAAGCAAAUGGAGAUGAGUGGGUCAUGGUUUGAUGGGGGGCUGGGAAUGAAAAUUUGUGUGCAUGGAAUGUAUAGAAUUUUGUGUGUGUUUCUCUCAAUUACUCAAAAUUGUAUGAAACGUGAUUGCUUAGUUUCAACUGAUUCUUCAAAAAUCUGCUUAGCUGAAAAGCUUACUGAAGUGCUGAUUUAGCAAGUCGGAAUGUAACAACUUCAAUUUUAAUGGUUCACAACCCAGCCACAUAUAGUCUAGUGGGUAGACCGCUGUCUUUCGCCUAGAGCAGUGGUUAUCAACCAGGUCACUACUGAGGACCACUUGGUAGUGGAAAAAAAUCCUGACUAAUGCUGUUUUUAUUCAAAUGUGGAAUUCAAUUUUCUUGUGAAAAAACAGAUAAUGCGUAACAAGUAUAUUUAUUCGCUUUGAAGAGUAAACACCAUUGCAUUUUUGAGAAUAAAGGCUAAAAAUGUUUGGAAGAAUCAGCUACAAACAUGGCACAAUGCAUGUCAUACAAAAAAAAAAAAAAAAAAGAUAGAAAAGGAAAAUCUAUAUUAGUUUUGCUUUACAUUUCAGAAAAAAUGCUUACAAAUACAGUAUGACUUCGAUUUAAUGAUUCAUUUCAUUGGUCCCGAUUUAACUGCAUUGAAUGUAUAUGCUCCUCGAUUUAACAAUAACUUUUUCAGUCCCUUGACAAUCGUUGAAUCGAGGUUUACUGUACUAAUAAUUUCUAAAGGUUGCAUUUUUGUAACUGAAGGAUUUUGUGUUUGAGUUUUCGCAAAGGUUCCAUUUAAUGGAUCCACCACAAAAAUAAACAAAGAAUUAAUUUAUUAAUUAUUUAAUUAAAUAAAGCUUAAACACUCCCGGCUUCUCCACAUAAAUGUUAAAUUACUUAUACUCAGAAUGCUACAAUUUUCAAUUUGUUGAAUGCCGAAAAACUGACAUACAUUUUUAUUUAUGAGGCAUUCAAAAUUGUUUUCAUAAUUUUUAUGAUUUUCAUAUAAGUUUUUCUAUUAAAGAACUUUUCUUCUCCUUGCUAACAGUGACUUUUUCUCAAAUUUUGUUUGCCAUAUUGAUAUUGUUUUCAUCAUUGCUGUAAUCAGAAAAAAAUAUUUUGGAGGACACACCUCUUUUUAUAAAGUGGAUGUCAUUGUUUAAAAUUUUUUUAUUUUGCUUAAAAAACUCGGUUUUGGAUUCCUCGUGCUAUUUUUAAUUCAAAAAACAGGUUUUUUUAGUACUUUAAAACCUAGUACAUUAAAUUUGCAUAAUUUUUACUAUAAUAAAUCCAAUAUUUUGGGGACUGUCGCGCCCCCCCCCCCCCCCCCGAACUACAUUUAAAGCACUUAUUUUCACAAGCCCUAAUUUUUGCCAAGACGGGUAGUAGUAGUCCUAUAUUUCCUAUAUUUUCAAAACAAUUAAAAGUGUCCUAUAUUUCCUACAUUUUUAGCAAUUGUCCUAUACUUCCUAUUUUCUCAUAGUUUGUUUCAUAUAUUUUUAGAAAAAAAUGACCUUAGAAAAUCUUUUAGGUCACACUUUCUUUCAAAGCUUGACAAAAAAUAAUUCAAGGCUGCUAAAAAAAAUAUGAAGACAUCAGUGAUUUCGAGAAUUUUAUAUGAACAAAAAAGUUGAAAAAUUACUCUUGAAAACAUAUUUUACAAGGUUUAUAUUUUCAAAAUUGCAACCGGUUCCCGAAAAUGAGGGUUUUUACAGUAUGUGAACUGUCAUAAAGUAGCCUUAUUAAAAUGUGUCAUAAAUCUGUAUAUUGACUAACGAAGAUAAUAGAAGCAUUGGGAUAUGAGUUAAACAAAAGAAAGAUCUUUAUCGUUAUUAAUGUCUUAGCAUUGUCUUUAAAUUCAGCAUUUUGUUACGGGAAAAAUAUCGGUUCAUUGUAAUUUCAAUAUAUUUCCAGUGCCAGGUGCCUUAAGUAUAAUGUUGUCUUGUAAAAUUUAAGAGGAUAUUUAUGCUUUACAAUCUCAAAAAAUCUUUCGAGGGUGAAUAGCGUUCAAGCAUGACUUGUAUGAGCAAAUGUGAUGUGUUAGUAUGAGAAAUAACGCAGUGCUCAUCAUUGAUUGUACAUAUCUGUUUUAAAUUUAUCAUAACUAAUUUUUACUGCAUUCAGUUGUAUGUGAGAUAGCUGUUUGCUUAUAUCUUGUAGAUGGUACAAAGUUGUUUUCUUGAUGAAUUAUCUAAAGUAAUUAUCAAUUGUUGAUUGUUAUUGAAUUUAAUGUUAAAUACCUAUGUACAGUCUGUUUCGUACUUGAAUAAAUAUUU